AUGGCUAAGUUCAUCAAAUCCGGUAAAGUUGCUAUCGUUACCCGUGGUCGUUUCGCUGGUAAGAAGGUCGUGGUUGUCAAGCCUCACGAUGACGGCACCAAGUCCCACGCUUUCGCACACGCCAUCGUUGUUGGUAUCGAGACCGCCCCAUUGAAGGUCACCAAAGCUCACAGCGAAAAGCAAAUUGCCAAGAGAACCAAGGUCAAGGCUUUCGUCAAGUUGGUCAACUACAACCACUUGAUGCCAACCAGAUACUCCUUGGACGUUGAGUCUUUCAAGACCGCUGUCACCCCAGAGUCCUUGGUCGAGCCAUCCCAAAAACAAGAAGCCAAGAAGGUUGUCAAGAAGAUUUUGGAGGAAAAGCACCAAGCUGGUAAGAACAAGUGGUUCUUCUCCAAACUCAGAUUCUAA